AUAAUUACUGGACAUUAAUAGCAAAAUAAAUUAAAAAAGGACACCUAUCCUUGCGCCCAGUCAAUCUCUCUCAGCAAAACCAGUCAAAAUGAGGUUGUGUAUAGUCAAUUGUCAACGUUUGUUUACAUUCAUUAAUUGUGUUUGUGUCACGUUUGUGUGUAAAUUAAUAAUGUUAUCUGUGUUCAUUAAACAUUUAUGGCAUUCGUCCUAGCAGUCGCAGUUCAAGAUGCAGGAGGUUCUCAUCGAAUUGGCCGAAACUCCCAGUGUGUUAGUGCAAGACAAGUUUUAUCGGCACUUUUCCUCAUUGGACCCCACCAGUUACCAGGAAAUAGAGGAACUAAUCGCAAAGGUAUGGGCUCUAAUAGAGACCAAUCACAUUUCGAAGGGCACUCUCUAUCUAUCGCUGCUGCAAAAAUCCAACAACGAUCUCUUGGAGAAAUGCAUCAGCUGGGAGAGAGGGACUUUGAACUCUAACGUUCUUCAAAACCUUCAUGAAUUGUUUGAGUUUACGGUUUAUACGGGGAAGCAUUGGUUCUUGGAGCUGAUCAGGAACAAAAGCUCCCCUGACAUCGACCAGCUACUUCCAGAAGCAGCCUAUCAGAAACUGGUUUACCUCCGAAUAGUUCACAUGACUAAUGACCCUUCAUGGGCAUUUGAUAGGGGGCUGCUUGAUCAAACAUUAGCUGGCUGUUCAAACAAUGUCGCUGAUAACUUUUGGGUUUACUACACAAAGGAAAUUGCCCAUUUGCUCCAACUGUUUAAGAUUUGGCAAGAUAAUUGCCCAUCAGGGCUCAAUGAAAGAGAAUUCCUGGCUGUCGCCAGCCAGAGGAGUAUUCUGGAUUUAGCGUCCCACUAUCUGCAGCUGGAUGCCAUAGAGCAGGUUUUCGCCCAAUUAGACCAAUCUCAAUUCCCCCAUGCCGAAGACCUGGAAAAUCAAAGAACGACUCUGGCCUGCUUUGGCUUACUAGCAAAGUUCCUCAGCCUCCUGCUGCAUGGAGACAAAGAUAUUGAUGUUCCCAAGCUAAAAACAGAGAUACAAAUCGGAUUCAUGCAACUAAAGAGCCACUGCCUGCAAAUUGAGCUGCUGCGGGUGAUGUUUGCCUGCAUUUUCACCAAGCAACAUCACAUCAAAGACUGCCAGGGCGACGCGUUUAUUUGCAACUCCAAAGAACUGAACGCGAUGUUAUUUACUAUUAAGGCCCUAAUUGAAGCGCUGACCGAGAACAAGGCUUUUGAGGAUGAUCCGCACAGUAGUAGAGAACUUCAGGAAAUCCUUCAAGUUGUAUCAGAUGCCGCCUGGCGGCUGAGUGUGGUUGUUAAUGUGAUAAGCCCACAGAAGAGCCAGAAAAAGUUGCUUUACUACAUGCAGGCCGAUCCAGAGGGCCUCGUCAACCUCUGCCUGAAGCAGGGCCACUUUGAACGGGCCUUCCAGGUGUUAAAGAUUUUCAACAUGCAAUCCACGCCUUUGGCCCAAGAGAUCAUCUACACGGAUCAGCUGCAGGAUCUAAAGCAGAACCUGAAACGCACUGCAAAGUUGCGCCAAAUGGGCGAAAACCGCCCCGACAGCUGGAUGAAAAUCCCCAACGACAAGCUGGAUCUGGAUAAAAUCGUCCAGACCUUUUUCCGAAAGCUGCCGCCGCCCCAACAGGAGGAUUCCUCGCUCAACCAUGCGAUUUUUAUGAACGUUCUGGACCUGGCCAUCAGCCAGACUCCAUCCAGAGAUUUGGUGCCGUUGGCUUGCAAGCUGAGCCCUCGGGAUGUCGGACAGACGCCCUUCUCUUUGUUCACCGAAAAGUUGCUGAAAUUCUGGAAUGAGCCAGGUGAUCUGGAUCUAGUCAAUUCGCCCUUGGAACCGGAUACACAAAGGAAAAGCGAAGAUUUUUACGCAACUAUUCAAAACAUCUACAGUGAAUUUUGCGAUAUGUUGCUGCUGAAUGAGCCAGGGUUUCUGGAUAAGGACCAUCCAAGUCACCAAGUGAUCCAAAGGCUGCAAGAGCAGUGCAGCAGCUAUUUGGAAUUGCAGUUCAAACCGGAGGAGCUGACAAACUAUUUGCAAAAACUCUGGAACUACUUGCGGGCAUUUUCCAGGGUUCUGUACAUUGAGAGGGAUAACUCGGAUUUAGUGGCCGAAGGCCACAUUUCAUCCUACUUUAAGCUGUUGGGCUACAACCGGUCGGAAUUGAUGGGAAACCUGCUGUUCCAACAGAAUCUCAAUCCUGCAGAGUUUGAGAGGCACUUUGGCAAACUGAAACUGGACUUUGUCUAUCACGUGGUGGGGAAUUGCUUCCCCACCAUUAACUUGCAUGCAGACGAGAAUGUGGCCAAAGAAGAGCUUUAUCAUGAGAACGUUUUGUAUCCUCCAUCUGAGUCCAUGAUCAGCUACAUCAGAAAGCGCAAUUGGCUGCUGGCGCUGAUUCUGAUCGAGAUGUACAAAGUUAAAGACCUGGAGUUUGAUGUAGGCGAGUUGCGGAUCAGAAACUUUCUCAAUUAUCUGCAUCUGCCGAAAAUCCAGCAUCUCCAGCCGCUGUUCAACAACAACGAAAUUAUAACGGCCCUACAAAACGACAUUUCGUUCCAAAAAGUCCAGGAGUUUGUUCAGAACAACCGACCAAGUGAGGAAGAUCGGCUGAAAAGCACUACUUGGAGGCGACUGGCUGGUGUUCUGGAUUCCAUCCCAGAGAAACAGCUGAAGCACGAGGAUUUCCAGUCACUGAAGGAUUUGGUUUUAGCCAAUUUAGGCAGCGAGCGUGUUAUGGAAAUUAAGGACAGAGACGCUCGUUUCAAUCUUCUGGUGGGAAACUUGAAGAUUUGGCCACUGGACGUGUGCAUUAGAAGCAUUAAGUCGGAGAUUUCCCGAUUUGACCAGACGGAUGACCACAAGGUGGACGAGCUGAAGGCUUGGCUGGAGCAUAUCGAGCAAAGCAAGCAGGUGAUGAAUGUGUUGGAAGUGGAGAACUGGGCGAGUCUUUAUGAGAUGUGCGCCUUCCAGCCUCAAGCCGUCCUCUAUAAGUUGCUGGAAAGCAAACAGGUGGAUUUACUUAUCGAGUUCCUCCAACUGCACGAAGUGAGCGAAGAAUUGCUACUCGGCAUCGACGAACACUUUAUGGAAAUGGCAUUUGACAUGGAUCUGGACUUCGAGAGCGUUCAGCGAGUGUUCAACUUCCUAUCGCCCGAUCGCAUCAUCGAUCUUUGCCGGAACCUUCUGAGCCUUCUCAGAGAGGUUCGGCACUUGCAGAUGGUGACCGACCACCUGCUCAAAUACACUCAGGAGGACAAUCUAACUAGCGUGGCUCUGAGUCUGAAGCUGCUGUCACCGCUCACUGAAAGCGGGUUCGAUCAGCAGCUGCUGUUCCUGCUGAAGCAUCCGUUAAGCAUCAUUGAGGUGCUGAUCAUGAACACGCAACUGGAUAAGCUGGGCGACGUUCUGGGAGCGAUUCCGGCCGACAGUGAUAUUGUUUCGGUCGCAGAUGUCGAUGCGCUCCUGAGGCAUUACGCUGAAAAAAGCCUGGACUUUCGUGUCAUCGCGCAACCGAAUCCCGAUUUGCUCAGAACUCCCGAGCACAGUUUGAUGCAGUCUUUGGACUCGGUGCUAUUGGGAUUGCAUUAUUCAGCUUUUAUUAUGCCCGACAAAGUGCCCGCACGAGACGAAUGGGUGCCGAAUACGGAGGUGAUUGAAUGCAUGUGCUGCAGGAACGAGCAUUUUUCGAUGUUCAACCGAAGGCACCACUGCAGAAGAUGCGGCAGGGUGAUUUGCUACACCUGCUCCCAAAGGCGGAUGCUCGUGCCCACUUACGGAGACAUUUUAGUGCGGGUUUGCAUCCAGUGCUAUCGGCAGACGUUUGCCGAGAACAGCUUAGCUGACGAGAGCAUCGCCACGAGAUCCUAUCUGAAUAAUUACUGGAUGCUCACUAGCGAUCCUGAGCACAACUCCAUUGUUAAACAGGAAUUUUCUUAUGAGUUUGCGCCUAGUGUGUCCCUGUGCUUGGCCCUGAUGAAGUUCCACUCCAAAAACGACACUUAUUCCACGUUUCUGCUGAACCAGUGCGAGGUCCUGCUGAAACUGGUGGUGCCCAAUCAGGAACCCCUGCAGGAAAUCGACUACAUGCUGGUUAUCAGAAUGCUGAAGUCUUUGGCGCUAGCAGCCAAAGUGGUCUCGGUGGACUGCAGCAGUCCACAUUCGAACGUCUCAGCUGCCGACCAAAUUCUGAUGCGAGCCGAACUGCUUGGACUUCUGGCCGAACGCGGCUGCUUAAACCUGCUGCUCACUCCUAGCAGUUCCUGUUUUGUCGAUCCCACUGCCUUGAUGCGAUUUAUCGAGAAGCUGCUUGAAAAAGAACAGUGGACGUUGGCUUUGGAGGUUUCCACCAAGGCUGGAAUGGACAAGUCCGGAGUGUUUGCCGCCUGGGGCAAAAGCUGCCUAAUAGCGGGCGAUUUGGCAUCAGCACGGGAAAAGUUCAGCAAGUCAUACGACACCGAGCAUUUCACAUUGAAGGGGAUCAAAAGCCUGUCGAAACUGAACGAAAUCAUCAACAUUCUGGAAUCCAGAUCGGACAGCAUCGACGCAGAGCUGUUGAACAACCACCGAAAGCUCCUGGAGGCCGGCCAGGCCACCACCCAGUCAGAUCGUGCGGUUUUCAUACUCAGCAAAUUGAAAAACCUCAACAAUAUCGCUAGCGGAAACUAUGCGACCAGCAAGGGCAAAACGACGAGAAAACCCAAGCUGCACGAUACGAUCUACCAGGAGUGCGUUUAUUACUUGGACAAAUAUGGCACAGCGAGCAGUUUGGUGGAGUUUCACAUCAAGUACGAACAGUUCGCCAAGGCAGUGGAUGUUAUGAUCAAAAAGCGACUGCCUGCCGACGAAUUUGUCGAUAUCUACAUGAGGUGCUUGAAAGUCGGUUCUGUCACCGUUCUACAGGCUGCGAUGUCGGAAAUCGACCCCAGUUUGUGUAUUUGGAAGGACUACCUAGUGAAGAUCUGCCGCCACUUGACCCAACAGAACUUAUUUCACAGUCUUUAUCAGCUUCAACUAUACAUGGGGGACUACGUGCGAGCCGCGAUGAGUUGCGUGAACUUCUACGAGGAUAAAGCCACGACUUUUAGCGAUUUGCAGCAGCGCAGACAUUAUUUAACGGAGGCCCUCAGCCAUUUAUCCCGUGGAAGAGAGCAGGAACAAUGGGUGGCAGUUACUGCAGUGGAGACGGACAAAUCUGGAAACACCUUCGAGAUAACCAGCAUUGUGAGCAAUCUGAUCAAGCAAAUGAGCACCGAGGAGAUUGAGAGGCAUUCAGCCACCAUAAGGAAGCAGCUGGAAGUGGUGGAGUUUCUAGCCCAAUGUGAAACUGGCCAAGUUUCACCCAUGGAAGUUUUCCUGGAGAUUUUCCCUAAUCCAAAUAAACUUCCCAAGCACCGGAUCUGGGUGCCAACACUGCUCGGCUCGGAAGAACAACGGAUGUACAUGGCGGUUCUUUGCAUUGUCUGCGCCGAAGACUUUGGCAAAGGUUUCGACUUUGGAUCUUGCAUAGCCAACGAGUUCCAGCAGCUAAAACCGCUCAAAGUGUAUAAGGAAACCGCCAGAUAUCUUGCCAAAGUAGGCAAAACCGAAGCCAUCACCAAUCUGGUGGUCCUCAUCAUGCGCACCCUGAAAGAUCAGAGGGUGAAUGACAUUUGCGACGAAGUCCUAAUUUUGGCUAUAACGAUUCUUUCGAAAACCGAUGCGAUUGAGGCGGAGGUUGAGGAACUGAUCAAGCUCAUUUGCGACAAAUCUGCUAUGAUUUGCGCCUAUAUUGAGACCAAACAGCUGAAAAAGGCCUACUUCUUGGCGGCCAAGUACAGAAAAGUGAAGGACAUGAAGAAUAUACUCAGAGAGGCUGAGCUGACCAAUCAGGGCUUCCUCAAGGAUCUGUGUCAGAAGGCCAUUCAAUACUUUAAUAAAACAUCCGCGGCUUUUGAGGAAUCUGACUAAAAAUCUACAAUAUAAGACUGACUCGCUUUAAACGGCUGUGAAAUAGGUAAGUUGCGUUAUUGAUUGUUACCAGAUUUACUAUAUAGUUUAUUAGCAGUAAUUAAACAAGAAAAAUAUUCAAGCCUGCCGGCUCAACCUAGUUUUGCCAGCAAUAAAGUAAUAUAUUAUAUUUACAUAAAAAUAUAUAAAUGAAUCACAUGUGAAUAUCGCAAAUGGUUCAUCUAAAACAAUUGCCAUUGCUAUUAAGUGUAAACCAAACCAAUAAACCAUUCUAUACAUUUA